GAAUGCUCCGGGUAUCUACUGUAACCUCAAAGCUCUAACGUGGAACGAAGCAGAGGAAGAUUGUAAAAGCAAUGGUGGGAGUCUGGUUCCGUUUGAGACAGGUGUAGGCAAAUAUCUUGACGGAAUUCAUCUGGAAGGAGAUAAUGAAUUCUGGACAGCCGAUUUCGCGUGGGAACCAAAGCAAAAUGGAUUAAAUUUAGCGAAUGAGAAGUUGUGUGGAUUCGGCUACUUAAACAGCACGUUGUUGGGCCCGCAAGAGCAGCUUUUCGGUGAUUGCUACGAAAACAGAAAUUACUUUUGCAAGAAUACAACUACGUUUGAACUGGAUGUCCAUAACGGUACUAUAGAAAAUAUUCACUGCAAAGAAGCCAUUACGAGUAGGGAUAUGUUUGAUUACAGAAGAAAAAUAAAACCAGGGUAUUACUGGACGAGUCAAAUUCUGAACUGGAAAAAAGGGAACGCAACUCAUCUGCCUCCAACUCCGCGAGUUUUGUGUGGAUCUUACACAAAGACAAUUGGAAACUACUUUGUCAAUUGCGAAAAAAACACAAUUCUCAUUAUGCAAGAGUACAGCAUGGCAAUCUAGAACAACAACUGCACUGGGCAGUGUUACCAGUACUACGAGCAUUAGCAGAACACCAACAACAAAUCAUCCCUUGACAGAGUCAGCCCCUGAUAAAAAGGAGACAACUGUGGCAAUAGAAACAGAGAAAGUGAAAGAGCAAGGAAAUAAUUUAGUUUCACAGUUUAUUUACAACAACAAAACACAAUCAUGGUGGGAAGCAAUGACGCAGUGUCUAAGUAGUGGUGGAGCUCCAGUAUCAUAUAUUGAAGGUAUUGAUAAAGAUAUGUCUGACGUCGAUCUGGAUGCAAACACAGAUAUAUGGACAGCUAAAUAUGCUAGUGACGUUAAAAAGUCAGAGGAGUCGGACAGAUUAUACCAACGUAUAUGCGGCUUCACCUACCUGGAUAGUGUAAAUGUGAAACUUGACUCCUGGGAAGUGCUAUAUGGAGACUGUCUCAUAAGGAGGAAUUACUUUUAUAAAAAUGGACCAGCAGGCAAGUUGGAAAUUCUUAAAGAUACAUUCUACGGUGCAGAUUUAAGCAAGUCAUUCCGUCGAUCAGAAUUACUCAAUGCUACGCAGGAAAUGAUACCAGGGUUUUAUUGGACUGGAGCAACGGCAAAUAUCUUACCAAGAGAUCUGAAAUCAGGAGAAAAUUUACCGACAAAUACAACGUACCUCUGUGGCGUAUAUGGAAUUAACACGGGACAUUACUAUGCCUUUUGCAGCACACAUCAUACUUCCUUGUGUUACUACGGAGGCAUUAUUUUUGGUGCGGCUGAAGAAAAAUCACCAGGGAGCAGUGUCAGCAGUUUGGCUAAAGAAGAGGCACCAGGUCUCGGGUUGAUUGUAGGAAUACCUGUUGGAACAUGUCUGUGGAUUGUUCGUCUAAUGCUUUUAUAAGAUGUGAACUUGACAAACAAUCUGGUGAAUAUAGUAAGACGAUGAAUUUGUGUUAUAUACAUCAUUUUAUCGUACAUUUUGGGUCGUGGGAGUGACAUAAAGUCACGACAUAUUUUUGUUUUGUGGAAGACCAUGCACGGGUAAAAUGUAUAUAGUUUGAUUAAAACUAUUAAAAGAUAUGACACAAAA